UAAGGACGACGUUUAGAUCUUUUUUUGUACGGCGAGUUGGGUUGUGUCAGAAAUCCACAACAUUCUGAAUUUUUGUAAACAAGCGAAUUAUAGUUAUUGACUAGACUAAUGGAAGUUGUAAAUAACACGUAUCUGCCGGGUGACCCAAGAUUAAUCGAUCACAUCGUAUAUGAGUUAAAGUCUCAGGGAAUAUUCGAUAAUUUACGAAAAGAAUGCAUCGCCGACGUUGAUACCAAACCUGCAUAUCAAAACUUAAGGCAAAGGGUGGAAGGAAGCGUCAGUGGUUUCCUAAAAUCACAAAAGUGGAGGUCCGACAUGAACAAAAACCAAGUUCGAGAAAUGUUACGCAAAAACAUAUCCGAGUCCGGUUUCCUUGAAACGGGUGUAGAGCGUAUUGUCGAUCAAGUCGUAAAUCCGAAAAUCAACACAAUAUUUCUGCCACAAGUCGAGAAUGUCGUCUAUAAAGUUUUAGGGAUCCAAAAACCGACAGCAUUCGACGAUUUAAAAAAAGAUAUGAAAAGUGACAUAAAAUUGGAUUUGUUGCCUAACGAUUUAGAGGCCAUCUCUCCAGAAUCCGAAUCGCAAGAAAAGAAAAUGGAUGUUAGUAACGAAUCGCAGAAAUUGGAUGAGAAAAUGGACGAAGAUGAUUCUCCUCCGUUUGAACCCAUUGAGCAAACUCUUAUACACGAAGAAAAUUCAGUUGAUUCCAACUUAUCUGGAAUUUCAGGUUUAAUAAGCCACGAAUCAAACCACAGCUUUGAAAAUGAAAACAAGGAGCUACCACCAGUUGAAAUUACUAAUGCAGAUUCACAAUUAUCCAAACAAAGUUCAGACGAUCAGCUCUCGGUUGCAGUAUGCGAAGAGCAAGAAAUGAAAAUGGAAAUUAAUGAUGAUUCCAAUGCAUCUAGAGUAUCAAGCACUAAAACUUUUGAUACAAGCGCGAAAUCAGUAGAUGUGCCAGAUUCUCAAUCGUCGUCAGAAACUGUGGAGAUAACGUCAUCUGGCGAAAAAGUAGAAGAAAUCAAAAAGGUUGAGGAGAAACGCUCUUCGGAUAAAAAAUCGGACAAGCAUCAUAGCUCGCAUAGGCACAGUUCUCAUAAAUCAAAGUACGAUAGUAAGGAUCGUAAGAGCGACAAAGAUAGGAAGUCAGACAAGGAUAAGAGGGAUCAUCAUAGCAGUAAGAGUAGCGAUUCAAGUUCAAGAAAAGAUAAAGACAAAAAAAGUAAAAGUGAUAAGGACCAAAAGCAUGGUGAUAGUAAGUCAAGUUCAAGCAAAGACAAGGAGCGUGAACGUAGUUCUUCCGGUCACAGGCAUAGCAAGGAAAAGAGUUCGAAGCGAGAGUCUCACGAUAGUAAAAGUAAAGAAUCCGGCGAGCAUAAGGACGGUAAAAGCAGAACAUCGUCAGAAUCUAAAAGUUCUAAAGAUAAUAAAGAGGAAAAGUCAAGAUCACAUAGUAGUUCGAAAAAAAGUAGAGAUGACAAGUCUCAUUCGAAACAUAAUGGAAAAAGUUCCUCCGACUCGAGCAAAACAUCAUCAAAGGACAACAAAAAAAGUAGUGAUAAAUCAGAUAAAAAAGACAAACAUUCACAUAGUUCUUCAGAUCGAAAAAGUGACAAAGGAGACAAAGAUAAACGAGAUUCCCGUAAAGAUGUAAGGAAAGACGAUCACUACAGCUUGAAAGAAAAAAGGUCUCAUCGUCGCUCGACCGAUCGUGAUUCGAGCGAUGGCCAAUCAGGAACACACAGCUCCUCGGGCUCAUUGACCGAUUUAACAACGCCCUCCCAGUUACAAAAGUCCAGUCAAGAAUCGUCUGUGGUGGAUUCAGGAGCAAGCACUGGGGCCGAUUCUGGGAACUCGGAUGCUACCAUAUCUCUAUUAGCGCAACCGGCGGACAUUGCUUCAAUUCCAUGCAUCGUUUCGGAAGAGGAAAAUGCCAGAGUGUUAUCGAAUACAGUGCCACAUUUAAAGCUAAUUAAACCCAAAUUCGCUUCCAAUAUUUUUGAGGCGAAAAGGUUGAUGAAAAUCAGAAAAAAGUUGGGUAAAUUAGAAAAACAAAAGCAAAUGGAGCUAUUAAGUACAAAUAGUUCUCUAAUUCAUAACAUAACCGUCAAUAAUACAGCUCUGGAAAAGAAUAAGAACGACACUGAAAACAAAGUUGAAGAAGUUAAACUUCCUGCUGAGGACGAAACUUCAUUACAGACUUCUGUAAUAAGCAAAGAAAGCUGGGAUGCAAUCGAAGCCAAGUUGAACGCCCAAAAUAUUCUACAAGUCGAUUAUAAUUCGUACGUUGACGCCUCCGAAACAAUUAAGGAUCACAAAAUAGAACAAAGUGAAGUAGAAACUAAAAAAGAAGACGGCACUAAAAACGAAAAGCAAGUAACAAACAAACACGAUUUCAAAGGUUUUGGCAAGCAGCUGGUCGACGAAGCCGAACUUUGUCUAAAUAAGUCGAACCAAACCAUUACACAGUGGGAAUCUGAUCUUGCAAAGUUGUCGAAAGCGUACUUAAUAGAUUUGGCUGAGAAGGACAAAUCUAGACUUAAAAAAAGUACCGAGGAGUUUAGCGAUUUUAAUAGACUGCCCAAAGUUGAAGUUGUUGAUGUGACAAGUAACGAGAUCAUUAUUUCGCCUGGAAGAGGUAUUAAACGUAUCUCUAAUGAGCACUCGGAUGUGCGCAACAAUAAUAAAAUUAGCAAAGAGUUGGGAGAUCUUUUAAGUGUAAAGCUCAACAAUUCCACGAUUGAGCCCGCCAGCACACCGAAACAUAAAGGAAAAAAGGCAAAAUUAACGGACAGCGCUGUAAAUACCUUAGAAAAUUUUAAUUUGCCUCUGAGUCCAGCAGACAGUGAAAAAUCAUUUAAUAGCGAAAAAAGAAACGAAGUAUCUGAAGGUAGACCUAGGAGAAACAGAGCGGCAAACAGACAGCGAUACUCCAGCGAUGAUCUCUAUAAACCACGUAUGCAAUUCACAAGCACGCGUCGUAGAACUACUAAUAAUGAAAAGAAUUGAUGUUUUCACAUUUUCGUUUUUUAAUUUAGUAGAGAUUUACACGGUCUUAUUGCAAUAUGUAAUUGUUUCAGCGAGUACAUAGAAGUAUUCAUGUUAAGGUAUUUUUAUACUGCACACAGUUUGUUGUAUCUAUUUAUUAGUUAAUUUCUAAAAUAAUUGUAAAAAUAUUGUUGUAAUAUUUUAUAUUGUAUGAUUAAUAUUCGGCCAAUUAGAUUAUAGUCAAUAAAAAUUUCUAUAUAUGUUCUCUUAAUA